GCAUAGCCAGGGCCCGGGUCGGUCCUAGGCAGCGCGGAGGGCGGGGUAGGGGACAGCGGGCGGCCCCGCGGCGGGGUCCCAGGGCCACGCUCCUCCCCGGACAGGGCGGGGCGGGGAAGUCCCGCCCAGCAGGCCCGGGCCCGAGGUGGCCCCGAGGGCUGUGCCCGCCUCCUGCCUGCAGCUGCGACCCCGGGCCCGGAGGGCGGGCCCAAGCAGAAGAAGAGAAGCAGGGGGCGAGGCUGGCGGGUCAUGCCCUGGUCGCCCCGCGCCGCGCUCCUUUGGGACCUGGUCCUGGGCGUGUUGGGCACCGCCGCCUUCCUGAUCGACCUGGGCGCCGACCUCUGGGCCGCGGGCCAGUAUGUGCUCAGCGGCCGCUACCUGUGGGCCGCGCUGGUGCUGGCGCUGCUGGGCCUCGCCUCGGUCGCGCUGCAGCUCUUCAGCUGGGUCUGGCUGCGCGCCGACCCCGACGGCCUGCACGCGCGGCAGCCCCCGGGCCGCUGCCUGGCGCUGCUGCAUCUCCUGCAGCUCGGCUACCUGUACCGGUGUGCGCAGGGGCUGCGGCAGGGGCUGUUUGUGUGGCGGCAGGAGGUGCCCUCCGAGUUUGACUUGGCCUACGCCGACUUCCUCUCCCUGGACAUCAGCAUGCUGCGACUCUUUGAGACCUUCUUGGAGACGACGCCGCAGCUCGUGCUGGUGCUGGCCAUCAUGCUGCAGAGUGGCCAGGCAGAGUACUACCAAUGGGUCAGCAUCUGCACGUCCUUCCUGGGUAUCUCGUGGGCAUUGCUUGACUACCACCGGGCCCUGCGCACCUGCCUCCCCUCCAAGGCCCUCCUGCGGCUGGGCUCCUCGGUGAUCUACUUCCUGUGGAACCUGCUGCUGCUGUGGCCCCGAGUCCUAGUUGUGGCACUGUUCUCGGCCCUCUUCCCCCGCUAUGUGGCCCUGCACUUCUUGGGCCUGUGGCUGGUGCUGCUGUUCUGGGUCUGGCUUCAGGGCACGGACUUUAUGCCAGAUCCUUGCUCCGAGUGGCUGUACCGGGCGACAGUAGCCACCAUCCUUUAUUUCUCUUGGUUCAAUGUAGCUGAGGGCCACACCCGAGGCCGCGCCACCAUCCACCUGAUGUUCCUCCUGAGUGACAGCAUCCUCAUGGUGGUCACCUGGGUGACUCAUAGCACCUGGCUGCCCAGUGGGGUCCCACUGCAGAUGCUGCUGCCUGUGGGCGGCACCUGCUUCCUUUUGGGUCUGGUUCUGCGGCUUGUCUACUACCGCUGGCUGCACCCUAGCUGCCGCUGGGAACCUGAUGGAGUGGACGGGACCCAGGGCCUCCGCAGCGAGGGGCGUCAGCGGCCUCAGAACAGGCGCAUGGCCCGGUUGGCUCAGAACUUUUUUCCUAAGACUAGGGAUGAACCAUGGAAGGGAGAGGUGAAUGGAGUCCUUUGAGGCAUGGUCAGACCCAGCCAGGGGACAGAAGGACAGAUGGAAUCACUUGGUAGAAUGCAGAAGAUAAGCUAAUUAUGCUGCUAUGGGCCUUGAUUCUCUCAACAAGCACUUGAUACCUGAUCUGGAAGCACAGGAGACCUGCGUUGAGUAAGACAGAGGCCUCUCUUCAAGGAUGAGAAGGGCUGGGCCCUGGAGCGUCAAGGGCCCCAAUUAUGUAGACACUUUGGGAGGAAAGAAGAGACCCCCUUUUCUCUUCCCUCCCAACCAGUACAGCUGGUGUGCCAAAGCAUCCCAGGGUUGGUAUUUUCACCUCCCUGGCCACCUCUAAAAUAAUUGGUGGAGGUCCUGUCCCACCCCUUGGUCCCUCUAUCCUGGGCUAGAAGGCCCCAGGACCUCCAGGAUGUGUUCCCUAGAAUUCUUCCUCCUCUGCCCCACCCCAGUCAUUCAAAUGUUUACUGAGAGCAUUUUAGGUGCCAGGAACAUCAUUCUGUCCUUGGAACUUGGAACAAGAUCAGCAGCCACCCCAGCUUCAUCCCUUACCCUCUCCAGCAGCUCCUGAGCAGGCUCAUGCUGGAAGCCAGGGAUGCCCAACUGGCUGACACCUGUCAGCCCCUCCAAGGCCUGAGUGCAGCUGGUCCAGCCUCUGCCCCUGCUCUCAAGGGGCCACCUUUUGACCAAGUGCCUUGUGAACCUAUGGUCUGGGCCAUGGCUCAGCCUGCGGAGUAUUUUUUAUACUUUAGGCAGCGUACUUUCUACCUCAGAGUCUACGUGAGAGGAAGAGAAGGCAUGUGCACAUGUGUCUCUGCAAGUGAGAGACACGUUUGUUUUGUUGAACAGUAUUAUUAAGUUAUUAAACCCUCAUGAAAUCCUCCAA